CCAGCCCUGGCCCUUCGUGCCGCAGCCCGGAGAUGGCUGUGUUUGGGAAAGCCGCCGGCGCCGCGCUCAGCCCUUCGCAGCGCGGGCUCUGGGGGCUGAUGCUGCUCUCCUCUGUGGCCAUAUACGGCUCCCACGCUCCGCUCCUCACCCUGUGCAAGGUGGACGGCGCGAUCCCCUUCAGCUCCUCGGCCGUGGUGGUUCUCAUCGAGCUGACGAAGCUGGUGCUCUCCCUGCUCUUCCUGCUCACCUGGGACCGGCAGCUGCUCGGGGCCGCGGUGUCCUGGCGCCACGUCGCUCCCUUCGCCCUUUCAGCCCUGCUCUACGCUGCAAACAACAACCUCGUGGUUCACAUGCAGCUCUUCAUGGAUCCCAGCACCUACCAGAUCCUGAGUAACUUGAAGAUCGUCAGCACCGCGCUCCUCUACAGCCUCUUCCUGCGCCAGAGGCUCCGUGUGCGCCAGUGGCUGGCGCUCUGCCUGCUGAUGGCUGCCGGGGUGAGCUACAGCUGUGGGGGUUUGCGGGACCCACGGGGCUCUGGCAGCCCCUCUGCCAUGCAGCUGCACGUCACGCUGGUGGGCUUGUUGCUGAUCUCAGUGUACUGCCUGAUAUCGGGCUUGUCUGCUGUCUACACGGAAGCUAUCCUGAAAACCCAGGUGCUGCCCCUCAACCUUCAGAACCUCUUCCUUUAUUUCUUUGGGGUCCUGGUCAAUUUGGUCGGCCACUUCUGGAGCAGCACAGAGAGAGGUUUUCUGGAGGGCUUUUCCUUCUGGGUGCUGGUGAUUGUGGUCAGCCAGGCCUUGAACGGCUUGAUUAUGUCCGUGGUCAUGAAGCACAGCAGUAACAUCACCAGGCUCUUUGUGAUCUCCUGCUCCAUCCUGGUCAACGCUUUGCUGUCUGUCGCCCUCUUUAACCUGCAGCUCACCCUCCUCUUUUUCAUUGCUGUCUCGUGCAUCGGCCUCGCUGUUCACUUGUACUAUGGGGUGACGUAGCUGUGGCCUCCCUGCCCUGCGUGCACCAGGGCAGCCCUUAGCUGUUACUCAGGGGUGUUCCUUGUCUGUGCUGGGCCUGGUGUGGGGCACAGUGGUGCCUCCCUGCCUUUUUGCUCACAGGAGGAGGCAGGGUGGCCCAGUGUGAGUCUCUGCUGCCCUAAAGCAAAUGCACUUUGGGAGGGCUUUACUCAGCGUACCUCUGCUCAGUAAAAGGGGAGAGUGCCCUCCCUGGGCCAGGCCUCAUGCUUCUUUAUCCCACACCUUCUUUAUCCAGUAGUCCCAGGCUCUAGAGUGGAUCCUGAGCCUCUUCUCGUACGGUACGUCACACUUCUGCUGUUUCCCCAUCUUCUGCACAUCAAAGCGCACAUCUAUCCCCUGUGCCAGUAAAACUGCUGCAGGGUUAGCCCUGGUGUGCUGCUCGUGAGCAUGUGGCCAACUCUGCUGCCAGGAGAGCCCUGCACCACGGCUGGGGGUUUCUCCCACCCUUCCUCUGCAGUAUUCCACCCCAGUCCUCAGCCCAGCCCCUGGCUGGAGGUCUGGUAUCCUUGGGCCCCAUUUGCCUGUCCUGGGCAUGACGUUGCUGUCUACCUCUGUAGACAGAGAUUAUAAGGGGAGUCUUAUGUGCUCUACAAAGAGGAAACAGCACCUGAAUUUGUACAAGUGUGGUGUGGAAUUCCUGGUGGGCGGAAGUCACUGCUGACUCUGGUACAGUUAUUAAAGCUGUAGUUUAACGA